AGUGAAAGUGUCUUAACAUUUCACAACCUUGUUUCCAAGUUAAUUUUUUUCAGAAGUUGAAUUUCCCUAGACUACAGGAAUUUACUAGAAGCAGUUAGCAGACGACUUGGACCAUUUGUUUACCAUGCUUUGAGUCCACAAGGGGACAAUAAACAAAUCGAAACCGAACUGUCAUUUUAAUGUCUGCGUGAAUAAUAAAUAAUCAUGAUUUCUAUUGGAUUUGAAGGUAGUGCUAAUAAAUUAGGAAUAGGAAUUAUUAGGGACAAUGAAAUCAUGUCUAAUGUACGGCACACUUAUAUCACACCACCCGGUGAAGGGUUCCUGCCACGUGAAACAGCGAUCCACCAUAGAAAUCAUGUUCUUCGUGUUCUUCGCGAAGCACUUACUGAUGCAAAAUUAACACUAAACGAUGUUGAUGUUAUUUGUUUUACAAGAGGACCAGGAAUGGGUGCUCCUUUAACAAUAGUGGCAUUAGUAGCUCGAACAAUAGCAAAAAUGUAUAAAAAACCUAUUGUAGGAGUUAAUCACUGUAUCGGACAUAUUGAAAUGGGUAGACUGAUAACUAAAAGUGAUAAUCCUAUUAUACUUUAUGUCUCUGGAGGAAAUACACAAGUCAUCGCUUAUUCUGAAAGACGAUAUUGUAUUUUUGGUGAAACAAUCGAUAUAGCAAUUGGUAAUUGCUUGGACCGAUUUGGUAGACUUUUGAAAUUAACAAAUGAUCCAAGUCCUGGAUACAACAUAGAGCAACUUGCUAAGAAAGGUAAAAAGUUUUUAAAAUUGCCUUACGUGGUGAAAGGAAUGGAUGUUUCUUUUUCUGGUAUUUUAACGUAUGUGCAAGAACGUUUACAAAAAUGGCUUAAAUCUGGAGAAUUCACAAAAGAAGAUUUAUGCUUCUCAUUUCAAGAGACAUUAUUUUCAAUGCUAAUUGAAAUAACAGAGAGAGCAAUGGCGUAUCUGGGAUCCAAAAACGUAUUGAUUGUUGGAGGUGUUGGAUGUAACAAGAGGUUGCAAGAUAUGAUGCGUAUCAUGUGUGAAGAAAGGGGUGCAAUAUUGUAUGCUACAGAUGAACGAUUUUGUAUUGAUAAUGGAGUUAUGAUUGCAGUAGCAGGAUUAUUGCAAUAUAAAACUUCAGGUGCUACAAUGUGGAAAGAUACUGAAUGCGAACAAAGAUACCGUACUGAUGAUGUUUUAGUUACAUGGAGAGAAAGUCAUUCAAUAAAUGAAAAUUGUGAAUUAGUCGACAAGCAAUCAACAUAUACGAAUGAAGAUUGCAAAAUUCGAAAAAGUGAAACUAACGUUAAUUAAUUAAUUAUAAGUCAAAUCAUAAAGUUGAGAAGAAAACAAAUAAUUUAUUUGUUAUUUUAUUUAACUAACAGUUCUAUUAUGAUUUAAUAUAAAUAUUAAUUAAUUGAUAAAUAUUAAUCAAAUACUAAUUAAGGGGGAGUGACACCUUUGACCCGAAAAAAAUCGAUUUUUUUUCUUAAAUGAUAUUUUAUGAUGUAGGGUCAUUUGGGGUAAAUGUAAACGGAUUUGCUUAGUUUCGACAAUAACGUAAGUUUUUUAUUUUAAAAAGCAAUACUUCCGGUUUUCUACUGCAUGAACUUGUUACUUCACUUCCCUAGAAACAUUUUAUGAGGUACAAAAAAAUAUUGAUCAACUUGAAUCGCUUAAAACGGACUGUUUACAUUUACCCCGAGAUUUUGAAAUUUUCCCAAAAUUAUCGGGGUAAAUGUAAACACCCCUGCAGUUUAAAGAGGUUUAAGAAAAAAGUUAUCCCAAGUCUACUACUGUGUAAAGGGAUGUAAAAAAUGAAAAAAAAUUCUUGGUAGAUGUAAAAUAAUUGAACCAAUUGAUUGAUAUGCAACAUAUAAAAUAAGCAAUCAUUACCAUAACAAAACUAGUAAUGUAAAAACUUGAAUAACUUGAAUAAAUUUUAAUAGAUUUUCAUUCAACUUGGUGAAAAUAAGUUUUUAAGGUUGCUGAAUAAGAUUCUAAAAUCGAAUUUUUAAAUUUCAAAAUGGCGGAUCUAUAAUGGCGGACAAACAUAAAAAUAUUGUUAAAAAUUGAUCAAAUUUGCUUGAAUCUCGCUACUCGGGGGUUUUUGAGGUCACUGAAUACGAAUUUGAAGACAAAUUUAAAAUUUUCAAAAUGGCGGAUCAAUCAACCAAUCAAUCCAUCAAUCAAUCCACCAAUCAAUCAAUCAAUCAAGCAAUCCACCAAUCAAUAAAUCAAUUAUCCAAUCAACUAAUCAAUCUACCAAUCAAUCCAAUCCACCAAUAAAUCCACCAAUUACUCAAUCAACCAAUCCAUAAAUCAAUCAACCAAUCAAUUCAUCAAUCAAUGCAUCAAACAAUCUAUCAAUCAAUCAACCAAUCACUCACUCUUAUUCUAGGAUUCCUACGUACCUGAGCAAGACAUUAAUCAAGAGUGAAUCAAAAUUUAACUUAAAAGAAACGAUAAAAAAAAAUAAUCGAAUUAAUUAAUAAAUAAAAUACCAAAAUUUACUAAUUUUCGAUAAAAUUACACUGAAGGUAGAAACGAAAUGCGUGAGAGAAACGACAAAAGUAUUGGUAACUCAGGGAGAAGGUCAGGGUUCGAGAAAAUCACAUUCAGUAUAAAAUAAAUCAGUUGACAAUUUAUUCAGGAGGUUUCAAAAUUAAUAUUUACAAUAAAAAGAUGAUUACAAUAAAAUGUAUUGACCACGACAUAAAACGAGUGUAAAAUAACCUUAAGAGCCAUUUCAAGGAAAGUCUACAACAAUAAAACCGCGACAUCAGGGACGCAACACUAAACAAAUUUUAUACAAUUUUCAAAUAAAAAUCAAAAGUUUUAAAUUAAGCAACAGAAAUGGCAUCUUUCUUCGCAAAACGAAUUCCCAGGUCAAAUAGUCAAAAUGUGUACAAGCAAAAUAUAUCUAAUUUACAAUAAAAGAAAAUACGCAUAAUUUAUAUCAAGAUUUACACAAUAAAGUCCUUAUUCAGCAAAUAUGGGGCGGGAGAGGUGCCAAUAAUAUACAAUAGGGUAAAAGACUUCAGGGGUCUUAGACAUUUUCAGUGUGGGACAUAGUGGGACAUUUAGGGACAUUUGGGGCAUUCUCGUGGGACAUUCCACGAGAUUAUUCGUCGUUCAUCACGAGGAAAAUAGUCGAAUUGAGUGACAAAAUGAAUAUUUCGUGGGACAAACUCACGAAUAUUUUAUUAUAAUUGGGUUAAAGUGGGACACAUCCACAAAAGGGAAAAACACAUUAUAAUAAGGGGAACAAACAAAAGAAAUGUAAUAUUAACAUGAAAAAUAACUUACUUGACUGAGAAAUCCGAGCAGCGUGGUCGAGCGAGAGUGAGAGCCAAACAGGGCCAGAGAAUUACAGAAUUAAUAGUUCGAAUUAAAUAAUCAAAAUCAAUGAAGCUAUUUCAUUGAUUAUUCUUCGAAAGGAAACAAGAGCACAGUUGUGCACAAAAAAAAGGGAUUCACAACACUCGCUCGACCACGAGGCCGGCCAAACCACCUGUUUUAAAUUACAUCGCAAAUGACAUAAUUUUGGGGAAUAUGUCAGAGGCACUUACUUUAUUUCGGAGAAAAUACUCUCGCGAGGACUUCUCGGCAGGAUCGAGCUGGAUCGUGUUCACUUUUAACUUAUUUGUUCCUACGAAUAGAAAAAAAAGGAGACUUUCGGUACACAAACUUCCGAGUUGCUGUUUGCUGCUUGCGAAGAAAAGAGGGAGAAUCUUUUGGCUUUUGCCGUGACGUAGGCUCGCUCGCCCCUCUCCGCACAUUUUCCCGGUGUCUUUGCAUGACCAACUCGUAUCCCUACGCUCAACGAGUGACGUGAUCACAGGUGGAGAAUAGUGACCUGUGGUAUGUUCUCCUUUUGUGAUUUCACACUCACUCUUCUUUGCUUUCCGGGCUGCUAAUUUUCACUGUCGUCGGCCUCCGUAUAAUCUGGAUCUGGGACAUGGCAACAUAGAUUCGAUUAUUGUGAUUAAAAAGGGAAAAGGGAAACAUGGCCAAUGUGCCAGAGAUUAUACGGUCCUGGGCAAGGGGCGUCUCUAAUACCAUAGAGAAUUGACAGUGGAAUUGCCUACUGUUAAUUAUUCCUCUAGGAUGGCUUCCUCGAAUUCUGUGUAGACUAAUAAAUAGCGGACAUAAUUCCUAGACGAGGGAUCCUUUUAUCGGUUAACAUGUGGAGGUUGAGUCCAGGGUUGGUCGAUUUCCAAUAAAGAGUCGAUACGGAGUUAACUACGGUGGUAUCUUCCUCUUAGUUGCGGGCGGAAGUGACGGAGUGGCGCAUGCGUUCCGACGUUGCAGUUGAUUUCUUCCAGUAUUUCCAAAUCCUCACAGUGCGAAUUUCAAAAUCUGCGGUGAAUUAGUGGUUGGCUUCUCGUGUUGUCCGGGGCACAAUUUGCAGUUAUGUUCAUGAAAGGGAAUAACAGAGGGUUUACAAACAAUUCAAAAAAAAAACAUUAAUGACCAUUGAGCUGGGAAUCUCAGUUGCAACCAACAGCAGCAACAACUCGGACUCAAAUUUGUUUAAGAAAUUUUAAUAGUUUUGUUUAUAUAAAAAAAAGGUGCCACGUCACAACACUUAAUUAUCUAGUAACUGAAUUGACGAAAUUAAAAAAUCAAAGUCAGCUUUUGUUAAGGGAUUCAUAAGGAAUAAUUAGAAAUUUUAGUUUGAAUUUUUAGUUCAUUUUUAUUCAAAUGCGAGACAAAAUACUGAAACAGUAAAACUUUGAUUUUCAAUCUUUCAUGCAUUAAGCGACAAAUUGGAGUAUGGCUUUGACAAUUGUCGAAAAAAAAAUUGGCAAUACUCAGAACCUGUUGCAGGUGAGCUGAGGUUAAAAUAUUGGGGUCGAACUUAAUUUUAAGUCUGUAAAUUAAGCUGCAAUAUCUGCUAUUUACAUUUACCCCUUGUUUACAUUUUCCCCAAAUGACCCUAUACAUUAGAAAUUAUAUCAUAAGUGAUUUCGAAGUUAUUUUAUGUGAAAAAAUCGAAAUCUGCAGAAGGUGUCCAAGAGCGCUGCGAGUGCUUGUUAAAACUUUAAACAUUUUUCUCGUAAUGAUAUUUUACAAAACGGUGGGCAGUCUAGCUCGAAUAGUUUUGAUCGGAUUGACUUCGACCAAAGUUUUUUUGAUCGUCAUUUACUAAUGCUUUAGAGUACGUAGCGGAUUUUUUUUGGUUUGUUUUUUUUUGGCAAUAGAUUUUUUGAAAAAAUUUCGCCCUAAAAAUUGACUUUUUUCUUUAAACAGCUGCCAAAUCCAUAAAAAUUAAUAUUUUUAAAAUAUCCUACGUACUCUAAAGCUAAAUCUAUCACAGAUUUUUAAAAAAUUUGAAUUUUUGAUUUAUAUUAAACGGUCUAACCGGAAUCUUGCCCACCGAUUUGCCCUGCAGAGAUAGGGGAUCAACUUUGGCGCUCUCUAUAAGCAACAAAUUGAAAAUUUUUUUAAGUAUAAAUAUAUUUUCGUAAAUUGUAAAAGUUAACAAAUAAAGUCCUCAAAACCAAAUUUUGUUUACUUUAUUCCUGUGUCUUAAAAAAAUUCGUAAAAAACAGGUUCAAAAGAGACCUCAAAGGUGUCACUCGCCCUUAAAAUCUAGUAUCAGAUUUUGCACAAGAAAAUGUACAUGUUCUUGUAUGUAUAUUCUUGUGCAGAUUCAUGUACAUUUUCUUGAAUUACAUUUGGAACAUGUUCUUGUACGAAUUCCAUUUUAGUCAAAAAAAUGAAUUAUUAAAACAAACAUUAAAUUUUUUCUAAAAUAUAUAUAAACUAUCUGUAUUCUGAACUAAAUUUCUUAAUGUUCAUUAAUUUUUAUUACCUAUAGUUUUUUACAACAAAAUAUAAUGUAACGCAACGUUAAAGAUACACAUGUAUACAAAAUUACAUCAUUUUUCAUAUCACAAAUUCAAACUAUUGUAAUCACAAUGCCCAAAAUCAGUGGGCAUUGUCGACAUUGCCCACUUAUUUUUAAAAACGUUUACAAAAGGUUGACAAUGCCCGGUCAUUGUUGACAAUGCCCGGGCAUUUUCGACAUUGCCCACUAAUUUUUGGGCAAUGUUGUUUAUCAUAAAUAAGUAACAUGUUAUUAGAAAAUAAUGCCCGAAAUAUUUAUUUUCACUGUCACUGUUAAUAGGUCUAAUUAAUUUCUUGUUUCCGUUCACGGAAAUUGUGUCGUAUUUUUUUAAAAAUCUGUAACUCCUCGAAUCCUUUUUUUCGCAUAACUUUAAUUGGUCCACUUUUUUAAUGUAACUUUCAUAUUCCUCACAAGACAUGUAAGCACAAUUGUCUGUCCGUUUUUUUGACAGCAAAAUAAUUUGUUGUACUAACAAAGCGUUGAUCAAAUAAAUUUUUCUCACCUUAAUUAA